UCACAAAGGAGGGCAUUAAUUAAAAAAAAAAUAAAGAACGUUCUUAAAAAUUAGAAUGGUGGAAUUUUUAAGAUGAAAAUAAAAUUUAGAAUUAUAUAAAGUUGGUACAAAUAUAAUACAUUUUUUAAAAUUUUCGCAAAAAUUUUAUAUUUAAUUAAAAAAGUUUAAUCGACCAGAAUAGGUCGAUUUUCAUCAAACUGGCUGCAAAUUUUAUGAGCUUAUUUGAUGAAGAAUUUGUUUAUAAUGUGAGAAAAGACAUUCAAUCAUAUUUAAAAAAGUAUCAAUCAAAUAAUCGAGUUUUAAUUUUCCCACCGGUUAACAAUUAUAGAAGAUUUCUGAUUCAUCGAACGUGCGAGGAGUUUUCUCUAACAUAUAACUUAGUAACAUUCUCGGUUGGUUCUGGUCCUGAACGAAGAACUGUAGUGUGCUACAAAGAACAACUUCAAAUACCAAUUGAAUUUUUGUCAUCAUCAGAUAAAAAAGAAGAAAGAAAUAAAAACUGGAGAUCCUCUGAUACAAAAUUUGAUCCGAAAAAAUUUAAUAAUAAUAAAAUGGGUGUUGAAAAGAAUAAUGAAAGUGGUAUAUCAACUCCAAGAAACUCAGUAGAAAAAUAUUGUCCACCAGCAUUACGAAAACUGAAAGAAUCAAGUGAAUUAGAAAAGCCAGGACUUAAAACGACAGCGAAAACAUUAGUAAAUGAAUCACCUGAAAAUAAAAGUCAAUGUACAUCUAAAACACAAAUACCAUCAACAGAAAAUAUCUCAACAGCCUCAACGAGUAGCAAAAGUGGUUGUAUUGGUGUAACUAGACCUGCUCGACGUGAAAGAAGACCAGAUCGUGAAGUGUACGUUCCUCGAGCUCGACGAAGCCAAACAUCAAUUCCUAAUCAAUCAAGUAUAAACAUAUCACCAAUAUCAACUUCGUCAUUGACAAAUAGUUGUGCGUCAGAUGAGAAAACAGUUUCAUCAACCAUAAAUAGUCAUAAGAAAAAUAAAGAACAAAACCAUCAUUAUCAUCACAAUCAUCAGCGUGAUCAACAUCAACAAAAUCAUCAACAGCAACAAAAUAAAAUAACAAAACAUUUAGCAGAAGAUGAUAAACGCCAUUUAUCGAGUACAACCACGACAACAGCUACAAAUUCAUCAUACGAAAUACCUUCAUACGAGCCUGUGAUUUCAAAAACAUCAUUAAAAAAUAACGAUAAUUGUGAUAAUAAAACAACUGAUAACCUAGUAGAUACAACUAAUUAUACUGAGGAAAUUAUAUUACAAAACAACAAACAAACCAAAAAUAAUAAACUUACGAAUUCCGAAUUAGUUAACAACUGUGAUAGUUUGGAUGUUACGCAAAAUUGUGUCAAUAGUACAAAUAUUAUAACACGAAAUAAUCAACAUCAGCUUAUUACAGAAAUGAACAAAUCAAAUAAAAUGGCAUCUUUGGAUCAAAAAGGGAAUUCCACACCGUUGCGAAUAGAAGAUGCGAAUAACAAAUUGCAUAACAAAAAUGAUCAUGACGUUGAAGAAUUUGAACGGGCAUCGAAAGAAAUUAAUCGAAGCAAUCGAAGAAUAAUAAAACAAACUUUCAAAUCAGAUAUUCUCGAAAUACCGGAACCAACUUUAAAAGUUUUACCUUCCAAUAAUAAUCAAAAACUUACUAAAAUAAAAUCUAUUGAUCCAGAAUUAGACGAUUGGGAUACCAUUUUUGAUGAUAACGGGGAAUGUUUAGAUCCAAAAUUAAUAGAAGAACUAACCGCAACGGUUGGAAAGGUUCAAAUUGAAACACCCAAAACAGAUUAUUCGGCCUACCUUAUGAAACAAGAUAUUUUAAGUGAAGAAGAAUUUCCACAUGUUUUGGAGAUCUCCAAUUUUCCAGUUGAAUUUAAAACACAGGAUUUGAUGAUGAUAUUCUCUGACUAUAAAGAAUCUGGGUUUGACAUUAAAUGGGUGGACGAUACCCAUGCAUUGGCUGUGUUUAGCAGUUCUAAAAUAGCUGCUGAAGUUUUAGCAAAACAUCAUCCAUUCGUUGCAUUAAAACCGUUAGCGGAAGCUACUUUUGAAUCAAGAGCAAAAGCUAAAAAAUGUUCAAGCUCAUUACAACCAUAUCGGCCGAGACCAGAAACUUGUGCUGCUUUAGCUCGUCGUUUAGUAACAGGGGCGUUAGGUGUACGCCUUAAAACUGCUGCCCAGGAAAGGGAAAAUGAAAAAAGAGUUCUCAAGGAAGCCAAAGAACGAAAACUAUUAGCUGCCAAGCAACGAGAUGAAGUUUGGGAAAGUUAAGUGUUUAAAAUUAAAUUUGAUUUAAUUGAAAUGUAUUUUAAAAAAUCGCUAGUAGACUCUUAGUCAAAGUAUUUUUGUAAUUUUCUUUAAGUUUCAUAUUCAUUAAAUCAAAGAAAAAAAAAUUCAAAAUAACAAUAUUAGUAAUAAGAUGUACGAAUCAAUUUAUUUUUAAUAGUUUUUAUUUUAUUUGCCUUUAAGAAUAAUUUUGUUAGUUGAUAAGAACUCAAUUGUGCUCAAUUCUUUAUUAAUUAAAAAAAAAAUUUUUUCGGGUCGUGUUAUGCAAUACAUAUGUAUAUUUAUUUAUAAAAUAAUAAUAUGCUAUCUAAAUUUGUUUCUUUUAAUGUUAAAAAUAAAAGCAUCUUUUGUUGUCCUCUCACCCACCCAAAAUAAUAAUCCCUUACAAGAUAAUUUCUAAAAUUUGUACCGUUUAACAUAACAUUUUGUGUUGAACGUAUAACUUGAAGUAAUGGGGUAUUAUUCAAUAGAAAUUCAAAUUUCGGAAUUUGAUUUUAUUCUACAAAUAACGAAAAUUUUAGCAUAAUAUCCAAUUACCUCAAGUAAUUUAUCUAUAUAACAAUAUAAUAUAACAUUUGUUAUUGUUAUUAGUUAUUAGCUAUAUUGUUAUUAGUUAUUGUUAUAUAUAUAACAACAACUAAUAACAAUAUUAGUGAUUUGUGAAACAUAAAUUUAAAAAUAUAUCAUUAAAAAUUAAUCCUUUUUUUUCGAGAACCAUGUUAAUAUUAAUCGAUAGCACUAGUGC